AUGCUCCACAGCCUGCAGUUGCUGUCCAGCUUCGGUGAUGUUUUUCUGCCAUAUGACUUGGAAGGAUUCUACAGGAGUGAAUACACUGAGAAUGGUGUAAAGAAGAUUGUUGCCACAUCUCAAAUGCAGGCUACUUAUGCCAGGAAAGCAUUCCCAUGUUUUGAUGAACCAGCAAUGAAAGCUGUGUUCAAUGUCACCAUCAUUCACAGCCAUGGCACCAUUGCUCUGUCCAAUGGAAGAGAACUAACUACAGAGGAGACUGAUGUUGGUAAAAUAACUACAUUUGAGCCAACAGCAAGAAUGUCCACUUAUCUUUUGGCUUUCAUCGUCUGUGACUUUGCUGAUAUUCAAUCAACACAGAAGAAUGUUUUGAUCCGUAUCUGGGCCCGAAGAAAAGCCAUAGAUGACAGGCAAGGAGACUAUGCACUUAACGUUACAGGCCCUAUUCUUGAAUUCUAUGAACGCUAUUACAAUGCAGCUUAUCCACUUUCAAAAUCAGAUCAAAUAGCUUUGCCUGACUUCAACGCUGGAAACAAGGAGAGAAUUAUAUCUGUCAUUGCACAUGAACUCGCACAUAUGUGGUUUGGUAAUCUUGUGACGGUGCGCUGGUGGAAUGACUUGUGGCUGAAUGAGGGAUUUGCAUCGUAUGUGGAGUACUUGGGAGCUGACUAUGCUGAACCCACUUGGAAUAUUAAAGAAUAUGUGAUCCUAUAUGACAUGCAACGGGUGUUUGGAGUAGAUGCUCUGGCCUCUUCUUACCCACUGUCCCGAUCGGAAGAUGAAGUCCGGACACCCUCCCAAAUUAGUGAAAUGUUCAGCACCAUCUCCUACAGCAAGGGUGCAGUUGUGCUCAGAAUGCUAUCUGAAUUUCUCACCGAGCCUGUCUUUGCCAAAGGACUAAGUUCCUACCUCAACACAUUUGCUUUUGGAAACACAGUCUACAAAGAUCUCUGGGACCAUCUCCAACAGGCUGUUGAAAGCACUCCUGGCCUGACCAUUCCACACACUGUACAUGAGAUCAUGAACCGCUGGACUUUGCAAAUGGGUUUUCCGGUAGUCACUAUUGACACUCAGACAGGAAGCAUUACCCAAAAACAUUUUCUCCUGGACCCAGACUCAGUCGUGGACAGACCAUCUAAGUUUAACUACACGUGGUUUGUCCCUAUUAAAUGGAUGAAGACGGGCAUAGAUCAAGGGCAGUAUUGGCUUCUUCACAAGACAGAUGAAAACAAGCAAAUGAGGGUUUUGGGAAAUGACUGGGUGCUGGCAAAUACAAAUGUAUCCGGUUACUUCAGAGUUAACUAUGAUCAAAAAAACUGGGAUUCUCUUCUCUCUUUGCUAAAUUCCAAUCAUCAUGCGUUGCCUGUAAUGAAUAGAGCCCAAAUAAUUGAUGAUGCUUUCAACCUUGCAAGGGCUAAAAUUAUUAAUACCACACUAGCCUUGAAAACGACAAAAUAUUUGUCCAAGGAGAUUAGCUACAUUCCCUGGGAGUCAGCAUUGAGAAAUUUAAAUUACUACAUCCUCAUGUUCGAUCGCACUGAGGUAUACGGAGCCUUAAAGAGUUACAUGAAGAAACAAAUACAGCCAUUGUAUGAGCACUUUCAAGUCAUGACUGAAAACUGGACUAAAGAACCAGCACUACACGAUGACCAAUACAAUCAGAUUAAUGCUAUAGGAAUUGGAUGUAAAAUGGGCAUAGAAGGCUGUAGAGAGCUCACUAAAAAAUGGUUCAAACAGUGGAUGGAAAAUCCUGCACACAAUCCCAUUCACCCCAACCUGAAAAGCACUGUUUAUUGUUAUGCUUUAGCCUUUGGGGGGCACGAAGAGUGGGAGUUUGCCUGGAGAAUGUUUAAAAAUGCAACUGUUGCAUCAGAGGCCUCCAGACUCCGGGACGCCAUGGCGUGCACCCCGGCACCGUGGCUUCUCAACAGAUAUCUGGAGUACACUCUUGACCCAUCCAAAAUACGAAAGCAGGAUGCUACAGCGACUAUUCAGUCCAUUGCCAGAAACAUUGUGGGAAUGCCUUUGGCAUGGGAUUUUGUCAGAUCCAAAUGGAGAUACAUUUUUGACCAGUAUGGAAGAGGAUCAUUUUCCUUUGCUGGACUCAUCAAUGGAAUUACAAGGAGAUUCUCCACAGAGUUUGAGUUGGAAGAGCUUAAGAAAUUCAAAGCGGAUAAUCAAGAUAUUGGAUUUGGUUCUGCCACACUGGCCAUGGAGCAGGUGAUAGAAAAGACCACAGCAAAUAUAAAAUGGAUUACAGAGAACAAAGCCCAAGUCCUCAAGUGGUUCACUGAUGAAUCAGCAUGA